AUGAACAAGUUACGAAGGCAGUACAAUAGCUUUAGGCGUUUGUUAGAAACGACGGGAUUCGGAUGGGAUGCAAAUGCAAGGACUGCGACAGUGGAAGACUCUGUCUGGGAAUCUGCAAUUAAGGAAAACAAAGAGUGGGCGAAAUAUAGGAGAGAAGGUCUACCAUGGUGGCCGGAGUUGUUAGAGAUAUUCUUCGACUCCAAUGCCUGUGGGGAUAGAGGGUUAUCACAGAGUACAGCAACUACUCCUAGGUCCACUAAUGUUGUUGUUGAUGAUGAUGAAUUUCAGGACACUGAACCGGAUGUAAGUGAAGGUUGUAGUGGUGAACCCGACAAUUCAGCUCCUCCAAAGCGGCAAAUUGACAGGACUCCUACGGAUCGUAGGAGGAAGAGUCAGACAUGCACACUCAAGAACUCUGCACAGGACUUCAGGGAGUUUGUGAGAUGGAGGAUGGAUAAGGGAAACUCAUCUGCCACUUCAGCCAUUGUCCGACCUCUAGAUCCAAUGUAUGACGGGCCACAUAGUGUUAUGAGCUGUCAGAAGCUCUUAGACACUUUAGAAGAUCUUCCAUCGGAUUUGUAUGUCUUGGCUCAGCGUAUGAUACAUAAUGAUGCUAGUUGGCACUUGUCAUUCAUGGAAGUUAGGGCGGAUAGGAGGUUGUGGAUGAUCCAGCAUUUGAAGGAUAUCCCGUGA